AUGUCGGAGGAAGACCAAGAACUGUUAAAAAAGAUAAGCAAAAUAUCCGGCCACAUCAAUCUUCACAAAACUCAGGCAAAUCCUACGCAAAAUGACCCGAACAGUGAUUUUGCAUCGCCACUACCUUGGAACAGGUACACACCAGCUUCGUCAGGUAACUUGAACGCCGCACCUUGGAGGUCACCACGCGUGGCACCGUACACUCGAGGCCGAGGCCGAGCUGGCAGGAUUGUGGCAAAUCCUCACCGGAACCGUACUCUCGUCCUGAAUAACAAAUCCGGGGUUUCAAUCCCCAGCGCGAAGGAGCCUAGUCCAGACUCUACUCCAUCAAGUACAAAGGCCAUUCAGUCGGAGGAUGAGGAACUCAUCCUUCGGCAGUCAACAAACCGCUGGGUCACCAAACGUGAUCGACAUAUGCAACUCAUUAAUUCCUCGGUAUACGACAAGGAGACCCCAGCCCGCAACAAAGCUAUUGAAGAAUCUCGACGACAAAAGGCGCUUCAAAAGGAUCAACGAGAGAAGCAGAAGAUUAAACGACACUUGAAUAUCCUACCUUCCCGUGCAGGUCAAGCUGCCAAUGCUGUCCAUGAAGUCUCAACCAAUGGGCUAAGAUUUCAUGUCGCCGAUGGCGGAAGCAAGCUUGUUCGGAUCCGCGGCGCAACUGACUCCGCGAGCACGACCCCAAAGCAAGCUAACGUCGGCGGUGUUACCUUCCUACGAAGCAAGAACGGCAACCUCUACCGCUCGGGCAUUGUCAAAGCCGAAAGUGGCGUCUGCCGCAAGCCGAAAUGUCACUUGCCGCAUGUUGAUCGGGCUGGACAAAUCAAAAAGCACGCUGCUAAUGUUACAGAUCGCGCGAAUGGCUCCGAGAGAGACGAUGAUAGUGACAUAGUAAGUGAUGACGACUACGACGAGAUAGAUAGCGAUGAUGUCGAUUCAGACGGCCUGGAGGAGGAUGUGAUGCAACUUUCAGAUGAAACAGCUUCCCGCGCUCUAUCUCAGCAGCAAGACUUUGUUCAAUUCUAG